AAACUUUGUAAUCUUAUGCUUAUCAAUAACUCUUCCAUGAAUUAAACCUUAAUUUUUUCGAUUCCCUGAUAUCGAUAACGCACGAUCUAUAUAAACUGUGCCCAGAAUGCAAUAUCUCAAAUUAUCAAAAUGUCUCUCAAACUGAUUCUUUACAUCGCCUUUCUCGUGGCGAUCGCCUCUGCAAAAUCCUAUCGUGGCUUCAGAAUACCGUUAUUCGACACUCGCAUAGUCGGAGGAAACGAAGCUAGACAAGGACAAUACCCGUGGCAAGUUUCUUUGCAAUGGGGAUGGUUGUUCGGCUACUCUCAUUUCUGCGGUGGUGCGAUUUUAUCCGACCAAUGGAUAGUCACGGCUGGACACUGUGUCCUGGCUGUUCCGAGCUACGGUGAUUUCAUAGUCAAAGCCGGAAAGCACGACUUGAAAUUAGUGGAAAGCACCGAGCAAAGUAUCGCGGUUGAGAGAACGUUCGUGCACGAGAAAUACACAGGAGAUGUAGCUCCCUACGAUAUUGCGUUACUGAAACUGGCGAAACCAUUGAAAUUGGGCAGCGUUGUACAACCGAUUAAUCUUCCAAGUGCUCCAUCGAACACGCCAACCGGAAACGUGACUUUGACUGGUUGGGGAUCGACAUCGAGAACCAAUACCCCGAUAAUGCCCAACAAACUUCAAACGGUCGAUUUGCCGUUGAUCAAUCUGACCAGUUGCAAACAAGCCAUAGAAAAACUUACUGGUCCUUCACCGUUGCACGAGACUAACAUUUGCACUGGACCGCUCACCGGUGGUUUCUCCGCGUGUAGCGGCGAUUCCGGCGGUCCGCUGGCACUGAACACGACUGGAAAAGCUGAACUCGUUGGAAUCGUUUCUUGGGGAAUCGUCCCAUGUGGAACCGUCGGUGCUCCGUCCGUAUACACCAAGGUUUCCUCCUUCCUCACCUGGAUUGGACACAUCAUGGCAACGAGCUGAAUAACUUAAUUCCUAAUAAUCUUAUUGAUUAAAGAGUUUUGAUAUAUACGAUAAAAAUAUAAAAUGUUUUAUAAGUAUAUUGCGAGAUUGUGCAAAAUAUAAAGAAUUGUAUUUAUAAUUAAUCACUUCAAAAGUUAUAUCUAUUCUUGAUACGAGAAAUAAAAAAUUCUUCAACACCA